GUCACAGUCCAACGCAUUCUUUUGCUUGCUUCACUCCCUCAGCUCCAGCUGACCAAGCUCGAUCGAAGGUCGCAGCUCGUUGCUGUCACCACCACCCGCCAUGGGCCUCUGCUUCAGCAAGAAGAAGCCACCGGCCACGCCGGCCGGUGGCGCCAAGAAGCCCGGCAAGGUCGCCGUGGUGGCCGCCAACGACAAGGCCAAGAAGACGGCGCAGCAGCCCAAGAAGGCGGCCAAGGCGGCGGUGGAGCCUGCCGUGGCCGGCAAAGGUGCUGCGGUGGUCGUGAGGGCCAAGGAUGCCGCGGCGGGAGGAGAGGAGAAGAAGAAGCGGCCGGGCUCGCAGGAGCCGGCGGCGACCGAGAAGCCGCUGCCUGUGGUGGUGGUGCCAUCGGCGCCGGUGCGCACGUCGAGCUGCACCAAGGAGGAGGUGGACGCGAUCCUGAUCCAGUGCGGGCGGCUCAGCAGGAGCUCGUCGGGGACCGGGAGGGCGGCGUCGAGCGAGGCCGGCGGCCACCGCAGGAGACGCUCGGGGUCCAAGCGCAGCUACGACUUCGAUCAGGACGCGAGGUCUGGGGGCGGCCCUGGCGCGGACGAGGAUUGGGAGAGGCAGGUGGCGGCGGCGGUGGUGUCAAGGCCGUCGCCGCACCGGGGCUCGCCGCAGCGGAAGCGGUCGGGGAGCCGGGAGCGGAGCAGCAGCGGAGGCGGGAGCCGGAGGGCCAGCCGGUCGCCGGGGCGGCGCACGGAUGGCGCUGCGGCAUCUGUGGCGACGGCGGGCUCUGGCGGUGGAGAGCGCGCGAGGCAGCAGCCGGGGAAGAUGGUGUCCGUGCCCGCGAGGGAGAAGGGGCGCGCGCCGUCGCCCGCGGCGGCGUCGGGGAAGAGGUGCGCGUCUCCGAGAUCGAGCUCUCCCGCGAGGAUGGCGGCGGGGAAUGAGAACGCGGGCGGCGGACCGGCGACCGGGCCGACGCCAGCGCUGAGCCGGAGCUCGUCCAGGAAGGCCGAGCAGUCACCGUACAGGCGCAACCCCAUGGCCGAGCUCGACGAGAACUCGCUCCGUAACAACAGCAACCACAUUGCCAGGCGGCAGAAGAAAUCCAUUGAGAAUGCCGUCGCCGCCACACCCAAGAAGAAGGCCACUGAGCGCUGCAAGGAGGCGACGGUUGCACCAAGCUGCCGUUCCGGGAUGGAGAAGCCGGAGAUCGCAGAGGACGCCACCGUUGCCGUGUCAGAGACGAGAGCGCCCUCGUCGAAGACGACCGCGACGCGCACGGCGAGCAUCGUGGCCGAUAGCCUGAGCCAGAGGCCCGUGGGGCAUCCCGGCAGCAGGUCGCGGCGGUCGUCGCGCGACUUCGACCAGAACCCCGGCUCGUACACCACCCAGCUCCUCGAGGACAUCCAGAACUACCACCAGCAAUCCACCUCCGUAACCGUCCCCGCCACGCCCGCGACGCCGUCCAUCUCGCUCCCGGCGUGCGUCGCCAAGGCGUGCUCCAUCGUCGAGGCCGUUGCCGACCUCAACUCCUGCUCGUCGGAGAACCACACCUACGAAUACGAGCCCGGCCUGUCCGCCGACGACAAGGGCUCCGUCAACGCGCCGCUCGGCAGCGACGGCGGCGUCGAGCCGAGCGCCGUGCGCAAGCACGCGCAGCCGGCGCGGGACUUCCGCGCGGAGGCCGAGCCUCAGGAGUCGGCCGGGAGCAACAGCGUCUCCGGUCACCCGUGGACGCUGUCAAGGGAGCCAACCUCGGUGGAGUCCACGGACCGGACAUGGAGCACCGGCGACGAGGUUGUCGAGCAGUCCGGCAGCCACGGAGCCCGCUGCAGCCCGAUGAACAGGCCCCGGCAGAGCAAGCAGAGGCCGUCGCAGCCCGAGCCCAGCGGCCGGUCGCGCGCUGGCUCCGGCAACGGUAACACGUUGCAUCGUGGACGCAGCGCACAUCGUGGCAGCAGCAGCAGCGUGGCGAGCGGCCGGUCCGGUGUUCGGGUCGUCUCGGCCGCUUCGUAGUGGAUCAGAAUUGUUAGAUCAGGCAUGUUGCUGCAUCGUUGUUCUAUCUAGGUGUUGGUAGUGGCAAGAUGGAUUGCUGCUUCACAGAUGUGUUCGUGUUUCUUUAUGAGCGAUACAUUGUUCAGAUGUGAUCAUGGUGUGACAAUGUGACAUUGGCAAUGUAUACUCUGUUAUGGCUGCAAGCCUUACCCAAAA